UCGUUAUGUGCUCACACUGUACUUGACAGAAAAGAAGAAGAAAAGAUUUGUGACCAUCUUAUAACUGCUGCAAGACGAAGAGACAGUGUGGUGGCUGGGAGACUUGUUGAGAAAAUCAUAAACAUCCUCACUGACAAACAUGGAGCAUGGGGAAGAAAAAGCAUCACUUGGAGGGAAUUCCUUAAAUUAGACACUUGGGAAGAUGAUGCAAGAAGACGAAAACGAUUAGUACAGAAUCCACAUGGCUCGAGUCACCCAGAAGCAACCCUAAAAGCUGCCCUAGAACACGGAGCUCCCGAGGAUGCAAUACUUCAAGCCCGUGAAGAGUUCCACAAACAGCUGGCAGUCACUAGGAAGCACCAGCACCUGCAGAGCAAUGACCUGCUGGAUGACAGCGACCUUUGGGACGAUAAAGAUUUAGAUUCAGAACUUCAAGGCACUGUAAACUUCAGCACCAAAUGUAAGUUGAUUGCACCAAGUGUCGUUGCUCCGGGCAUGAUGUCUAUUACACAGAGUGAGCUGUUCUUUGAGGUGGAUGAAGAAGACCCAGAAUUCAUGAAGAUUGAUCCAGAGGUAGGCCCAUCGAUUUUGGAAAGAAUGCAUGUUGUAGUAGUAUAUCUGUUUUAA